AUGCCAUCAGACAUCCGCUCAUUCUUCGGCGGCAAGCCAGCAGCUGCACCGGCCGAAAAGCCCAAGCCCAAGGAGGAGCCCAAGAAGCGAGGUCGACCGCGGAAAGUGAUUGAGGAUGACGACGAUGAAGACGAAGCUGCACCGAAGAAGGCAACGCCCAAAAAAGCUCCAGCGAAGAAGAAGCCUGAGCCUGAGGUCGAGUUGGAGGAGACAACCGCGGGCGAUUUCUUUGGCAAGAGCAAGCCGAAGAGGAGCGAAGCUGUUAGCAAUAAGAGAUCCGUCAAGCAAGCAGCGACAGCAGAGAGCACACCAUUCAAGAAGCAGACAGGCAAGACCAAUGGCAGUGCCAAAGCUACUCCGAAUGGCAGGAGCUCUGCUCGAGCUAAGAAGACAGUAAGCUACGUCGAUCUCGAUGCUGACGACUUCCCCGAUGACGACUUUGAGGAUGGCGCUGAAGAUGAGUUCAAGGCUGGCGCGAAAGUGGGACGACGCAUGGGCGACGACUAUGAGGAAGGCAGUGACGACGAAGACGACAACCCGCUGGUGCCGAAGAAGCGGGAGAGUGGGAAGCAGCAAAAGCUCAAAGACGAAGGACAGGAUGACAACGAUCCUGAUAAGGAUGUUGAUAUGAGAGACUAUAACCCUGAUGAUGACUUUCCGGCUAAGAAGACUCCUGCCAGAGCAAGCAAGAAGCGGAAGUCACAUGUUAUUGAGGAGAACGAGAAUAGCGACCUCGAAGUGGAGGAGGCUAAACCCAAGAAGCGUGCCACUCCGGCGAAGAAGACCACUCCUGCCGCGAAGAAGGCCAAGAAAGACGCGCCCCAGGAUAGUGCAGAAGUGAAGGCCAUUCUUGACAGCAUUCCUACAGUUCAAGCACCAGAACCUCCCAAGAAGUCUUCUGCAGGUGGAGAGGAAGGCGCGAAGCCCAGGUUCCAAUACGGCCAGCAACACGCCAACUCUGCCAUGCCCGCAGGAGCAAUAGACGAUUCCGAGCUUCCCACCGGCAAUGAAAAUUGUCUUGCAGGGCUUACGUUUGUAUUCACUGGCCAGCUGCAAUCUCUUGGCAGAGAACAAGGCGCUGCGCUUGUCAAGCGGUGGGGAGGCAAGGUUACCACAGCACCAUCAAGCAAGACCAGCUAUGUGGUAUUGGGUGACGAUGCAGGCCCAAAGAAACUUGAGACGAUCAAGAAGUUCGGUUUAAAGACGAUUAAUGAAGAAGGACUUUUUGCGCUCAUCCGGAAGUUGCCUGCAAACGGUGGCGAUGGCGCCGCGGCUGAAAAGUAUGCAGAGAAAAUGGCAAAGGAGGAGGCACAUAUUCGAGAACAAGCCGCAGAGAUUGAUCGGCAGGAGAAGGCAGCAAAGGCUCGUCUAUCAGCUCCUAACCAGAGUCCAGUCAAGUCUUCAUCGUCGAAAACAGCGGUGCAAGGCAACUCGGCCUCACUUAAGAGUGCGGACAAGGGCAAAUCAUCAGUAGAAGGCCCUGACACCCGACUCUGGACCGUCAGAUAUGCUCCACAAUCGCUCGGUCAAAUAUGUGGUAACAAGGGCGCGGUCGAGAAGCUGCAGCGAUGGCUGCGAAACUUCCCGAAGAACCAGAAGACCGGCUUCAAGUUAAUGGGACCUGAUGGCAGCGGUCUCCAUAGGGCUGUAAUGAUACACGGGCCACCAGGUAUUGGCAAGACCACCGCCGCACAUCUGGUCGCGAAGCUGGAAGGCUAUGAUAUCGUUGAAUCGAAUGCAUCCGACACCCGAUCGAAGAAGCUUGUCGAACAGGGCUUGAAAGGCGUGCUGUCCACAACUUCGCUCAUGGGCUACUUUGGGCGUGGCGCAGAUGAUGUUGAUGCAUCGAAGAAGAAACUCGUCCUCAUCAUGGACGAAGUGGAUGGCAUGAGUGCUGGUGACAGAGGAGGUGUCGGCGCUUUGGCGGCGGUUUGCAAGAAGACCAUGAUACCCAUGAUUCUCAUCUGCAACGAUCGCAAGCUGCCGAAGAUGAAACCGUUCGACUUUGUCACGUACGACUUGCCAUUUAGACGUCCGACCACUGAUAUGAUCCGCAGUCGUAUUAUGACUAUUGCCUACCGUGAAGGACUCAAGAUGCCGCCGCCAGUUAUCAACGCGCUGAUCGAGGGUUCUGGUGCCGACAUUCGUCAAGUUGUCAAUAUGAUCAGCACCGCCAAGCUUGACAGCCAGAAUUUGUCGUACGAAGAGAGCAAGGACAUGAGCAAAGCAUGGGAGAAGCAUAUUGUACUGAAGCCCUGGGACAUGGUCGGCAAGAUCCUUGGACCUACAAUUUGGAACGCAGCAUCUCAUUCGACAUUGAAUGACAAGCAGGAGCUUUACUUCAACGACCACGAAUUUGCGCCUCUAAUGCUGCAAGAGAACUACCUGGGAACAAAUGUACAGCGUGCCAAGAAAUAUGUGAAUCCGAAGAAGCAACAUCUGGCGACACUAGAUUUGGUCAGCAAGGCAGCAGAAUCGAUUAGUGAUGGAGAUCUGGUUGACCGCAUGAUCCAUGGAAGCCAGCAGCAAUGGUCGCUGAUGCCAACGCACGCUAUGUUCAGCUUCGUACGACCAGCGAGCUUCGUCAAUGGCUCAAUGGCAGGACACCAGACUCGGUUCGCUUCGUGGCUUGGCAAGAACUCGAACCAGGGCAAGCUUAUGCGAUACGUCAAGGAGAUUCAAGGCCACAUGCGUCUAAGGGUUUCGGCUGAUCGACACGAGAUACGGCAGACAUAUAUGCCAAUACUGUACGAGAAGCUCAUCAAGAAGCUGCAGGUCGAGGGCAAAGAGGCAGUGCCUGAGAUCAUUGAGCUUAUGGACUCAUACUUCUUGACGAAGGAAGACUGGGAUGCUAUUCUUGAGCUGGGUGUGGGCAAGGCUGACAUGGAGAACAUCAAGAUUGAGACACAGGCUAAGGCCACUUUCACGCGGAUGUACAACCAGCAGUCGCACCCACUCCCCUUCAUGAAAGCAUCACAGAUCGUUGCACCCAAGAAGGCUCCUUCGAAAGAGAAGCCAGACCUGGAGGACGCAUUCGAAGAAUCAGAAGACGAAGCUGUCGACGAUGCCGAGGUCAAGGAUGAAGAGGAAGAAAUCGACCUUAGCAAAGACAAAUAUGUCAGGCAACCCAAGAAGAAGAAGGCUGCCGCAACAAAGGCGACUGGCAGCAAGAAGAAGAAGACGGCGGUUGAUGACAAUGAUGAUGAAGAGGAGGAAGAGGAGAAGCCGAAGAAGGGCAAAGGCAAG